UUUUAAAUUCUCAUUUUCUUCUUGUAGGGUUCGAAAUUCUUUUGGUUCUUUCUGCAGGGGAAGAAAAGCUUUCCUGCAUUGUCCUUUUGACUUCUCCCGAGAAAAUUCCGGCUGGAAGAGAACGGCGGCCGUGGAGAUGAUGAACUUGGUGGAGCCUUCGUGGCGUCUCCUGGCGGCGAGCGGCGGAGACACGGUGAAGCUCUUCGACGUCUCCGCCGAGCCCGGCGAUCCCUGCAUUCUGAGUUAUACUCCGACGCUUGGUUGUGCUGUCAACUCCGUCAAGUGGAACCGUACGAAUUUGGUUGUGGCGAGUGCGGGGGAAGAUAAGAAGAUAUCACUGUGCUGGAAAAACGGCCAGAGCAUAGGAACCAUUCCGGUUACUGGAAAGGACAGCAGUGACAGCAUUGAGGAAUCUAUAUUAGCUAUUAGCUUCAGUAACAAGGGGUCCAGGUAUAUAUGUUCUGGAGGAACUGGUCAACUUGUAAGAAUAUGGGAUCUGCAAAGAAAGCUUUGUAUUAAGAAAUUGAAGGGUCAUACAAGUACGAUAACCAGUGUUAUGUACAAUUGCAAAGAUGAGCAUUUGGCUUCUGUCAGCGUUGGGGGGGAUCUGAUAGUCCACAACCUUGCAUCUGGAGCAAGGGCUUCUGAACUCAAAGAUCCAAAUGGGCAGGUAUUAAGAGUGCUUGAUUAUUCAAGGUCCAGUCGUCAUCUUCUGUUGACUGCUGGUGAUGAUGGGACCCUGCACUUGUGGGACACAACCGGUCGUAAUCCAAAGAUGUCUUGGUUGAAGCAGCAUUCUGCCCCAGCUGCAGGUGUAUCCUUCUCGCCAUCAAACGAAAAGAUAAUUGCUAGUGUGGGACUGGACAAAAAGCUUUACACUUAUGACUCUGGCUCCAGAAGACCUUCAUCAUGCAUUACUUAUGAGGCGCCUUUCUCUUCCUUUGCAUUUGGGGAUAAUGGUUACAUACUGGCAGCUGGAACUGGUAAUGGUAGAGUGGUGUUUUAUGAUGUCCGUGGAAAGCCGCAGCCUGUCACUGUUCUGCAUGCUUACAGUAGUUCAGAGGCUGUGACUAGUUUAUCCUGGCAAACAUCAAAACCAACAAUUGUGAACGAGAAAAAUUGCACUGCCGAGGUGUCUCUUCUUGGUGCUACUGUGGAAGAUUCAGUUGUAAUUCCCGACCCCCUUCCCUCAACGACAUCCUCUGCUUCUCAAUCCAUUCUUGGGCCCCGUUUGAAUCUAUCGUUAGCAGAAGAGACACCGAAUAGAAGCAAUCUGUGGCCCGGUGUUCCACCGAGCAGGUUACAUGCAACUUGGGCCAGUAAUAGUUUUAAGGAUGAUAUGGAAGUGUUUUCCCCUCUCGUUGAUGUGUCAUCAGUUGAGAAGCUGUGGAAUGAUUCUGAAGGGUUGAAGAAGGAUCAUUUUGUUGUCGAUAAGAAACCUUCUUCCUUGCUAUAUUCUUCAUCGAGCAGGAGAUUUCCCUUUGGGGAUGAGGGUUUUGAUUGGAAAGCAAGUUCUACUUCUAAACAGGAUGAUGUGAGAGCUGGUAUUUUGUCAUUCGGGUCUACUCCUAAUGCAUCGUCCAAAAGCGAAGAGACUGCAGUGACACCUCCAGAAGCUUGGGGUGGCGAGAAAUUGUCUGACAAGUUUAACCACGUAGCUGGCGAGAAGUUUGCGGAUAAAUUUAACCACCUUCACAUACCUUCACGUCUUGGGAUUCCAAGCUCAAGUGCUGCUACUACUACAUCUGGAUCCAUGUUUUCCAGUUCUGGGGAUUUCUCCUCGUCAUCACUCAGUCAGACUGUGUUUCCUCGCAUCAGAGACUUCUCUUCGAAUUCCGAGACAUCUUCGACACCUACCGACAACAUGUCUUCUAGCCCGUUACUAACAAAAGGCAUCAUCACGGGGCCAGCUAACAUUGAUCCGUUGAGGCUAUCGUCGAAUUUUCCUCGUAGGUUCUCAACUUACGCGGAGAGAAUCAGCACUGCAUCUUCCUUGAGCGACGGGGCCUCUCUCUCCUUGGGUUCACCAAAGAUAAAGAAAACGGGAGCAGAAACAAGAGAGGAGGUUCUAAAUAAUCUGUUGCCGAGAUCUGAAAUGACGGCUGCAACAGAACCGGGAGCUAUUCCGUCCAUGAAUCAGGGAGGGGGCUUGGUACCCUCGACGGAAUCUCAGCGGGGGAGCAAUUUUACGCUUCAGCUCUUUCAGAGAACCCUCGAAGAGACUCUCGAUUCUUUCCAGAACUCCAUACACGACGACAUGAGGAACAUACAUAUCGAGAUUCUAAGGCAAUUCCACUUGCACGAGAUGGAAAUGUCGAAAGUAUUGAAUUCGAUGCUGGAGAAUCAGGCGGAGCUAAUGAAAGAGAUAAAGUCGUUGAGGAGAGAGAACGGCCAGCUCAGACAGAUGAUUUAAGCCUUAAGAGAAGGUUACGUUUCCUUCUGGUGUAUGUUUGUUGUUACGUGGCCCCCCUUUUUAUUUAUGUAUUUGGUCUUGUUGGUAUCCUCUUAUUCAUGAUAGGGAUUAGGGGCCACCAUUUUUUUUUUGUGUGUGAUAUACAUAUGCAUGCUAGAUUUGGUUAAGAAACAGUAGCUCUUGGCUUAAUAGAACCAGGUGAGAUUUCAAAUACAAACCUCUUGGCUUAUGUA